GCUUUUGGGUACGGGAAUCUUCGUCGUCUGGUCUGCCUGAGCACGAGGUUGCAAGGUUCAGACAUGACUAUCCUUGAGCUCGCACGAGUGUUGUCUGGAUUGCAAUGCACAAUCCCAUGCCUGAUGAGACAUGGGGAUCUGGUCGGGGAGUGAGCAGAAGAGGUGGGGCGACGCGUAGUGAAAAAAUCUAUUCGGUACACGAGCUUCGCGUACGACAAGAACUUCGGUUGUUCCAUCCCACGCUGCCACAAUCAUCUUCGCGAGUGUCAUUCCCAAGGGUGAGGAGAGUGACAGUCAUGGCGGGUUUGGCGGCUAAGAAGACGCCCCCGAAGCUCGAGAAGGUUGUUCUCACCAAGAGUCAGAUUGAGAAGGCAAAAAGUAAGAUGGACAAAUUUGUGCAAAAAUGUCCCGGUCAUCCGGAUAAGCGGGAGUAUGCUUUACCAUACUACCUUCUGCACAACGAAGGCGACUCUGUGUAUGGAACAGUUAUAAUCUUCCAUGGAUUUUCGGCCACGACUACUCAGAUGAGCCUUCUUGCGCAAUACCUGUAUGAGAAUGGCUUCAACGUUUACCAGCCGGCUCUUUGUGGUCACUACUUUAAUAAACCAGACCAAUACUGGCCUAAGGCAGACUUCAAAGAUGACAUCAAAAAGGAUUUGGUCAAGAAGCUCCUGAACGACCCUAAGCUGAAAGCUUACGUUGAUAAUUUCAUAUCCAUCUCCGGGCUGCCUACGGACUAUGCGAUUGGGGCAUUGAAUUGUAUUGAGAAAGAGUAUCCAGAACUGCAUGAAGCAAUUUGCGACGAAGAGUACUCAACUGCGUUUUCAAAAUUCUACAAAUCUAAUCAUAUCGACUAUUUUCAUGAGGCGGAACAGCGGUUGAAGGAGGUAGAAUCUCUUCCAGGUCCUCUCAUGACGGUAGGUUUGUCAAUGGGUGGAGCUGCCGCACUCUCAAUCGCCGCUACGCACCCAGACAAGGUUGCAAGAACAGCAGUAUUUGCACCUCUCCUCAAGAUUGUCAAUGAGAAAAAUGUCCAGUUUUCAAAGCUCACUGGACCUCUAGGAGCGAAAGAGAAAGGCUGGUACCCUGAUAUGCCGUUCUCUUUGAGUCUCAUGGUGGCUGUGGAUAUUUAUGGCCAUUUCGUGCGGCAAAAGAAGCAUUUGGACACUCUGGCCAAGAUGCCAACCCUCAUCGUUCAGACGGAAAUCGAUGAUUCAGCUGACCAUACAGUUGGGCUCCGAAUUAUAAAAGAAAUCGAAGAACGGAGCGGUCCACAUGGGCCGCCACAUUUCUCUACGUUGUACACUGCUGCCGAAAGAGUACCCCACCCGAUGGUCCAUCCACUUGAGGUUAGUCAAGGAAGUAUAAACCAAUUCUGGCAAAGUCUGUACCAAGAAACAUUCCGGUUUCUCACCGAAGGGACUGUUGAUAUUAAUCAUCUUCAUGACAAAAACCAAGAUCUGGCGCUUCCUCGUGUUAAAGACUUUGUUGCUAACGUGACCGUUAGCUCGUAGAUCACUGCCUCGCGUACUUCGAAUUUUUACACAUUGGUUAUUUCUGUGCAACUGUUUUUUAUGUGUGGAGCGGACGAAUGCUUACUUGCCUAUAAACGUGCGCUUUGCUCAUACGACAGGAAAUCGAGUGGGCAUUGACCUGAAAACUUGUAAAUGAUAUUGGGAAAUGGAGUUUUUAAGAAAAGCAAUUAGCUUAUUGUAACCUAA